AUGGCAGAGAAUACCAUGUAACAAAAGACUGAAGGAGAUGAAAGACCUAGUGUAUAUAUGGGAUAAGAAAUGGAAGGAGAGAGUAUUGUUUUAUAAUUUAUAUAAAGAAAUAAUCUAUAAAAAUGUAAGAAAAGCUAAAAUACCCAACACAGCAGAUAUUGCCUACUGUGAGAUAAGAAUAACUGAGUUGUAAGCUGAACUUGAUGCUUCACGUGAAUAGGUUUUUAAGUUAGAGUAGCAAUAAGAUGUGUAUGUAACAUAUGAAUAGACAGUAAAUAUAUAUGAAUAAUAAAUAUGUAGAUCAAUUAAUUAUAAGAGAGAAAUUAAAUAUUACAUGAUGAAAAUAAAUAACUUAAUCUAUUGUUACGUACAAGAACAAAAGAAUUAGAUGUAGCAAAAUUUAAGAUACUUGAAUAUGAAUCAUUAUUAGAAAGAUUGAGAGAUAUAGAAUAAGAUUAUAAUAAUGUAUAUGACUAACUGUAAGCGAGAGAUAAAGAAUUAAAGGAGGUAAUAUUUCAUUUAUUAAGUAAAAGUUAACUGAAAAGUAUGGGCAAUUAGAAUUGAAAUAGUCACAAUAGAAAGUACUCGAAUUAGAUAACUUUGAUCUUUAAAAUAAAAUAACAAAUCUAUAAAAUGAUUUGAAUGUAUACAAAGAUAGAAACAUCAAAUUAGAAACUGAAAGAAAAAGACUUGCUGAUCUAAAAUCUGAAGUGACAACAUCUUCUAAAAUUGAAAUUACAAAGAGUGAAACUAGUGUAUCUUAAGUUAUUACCUAAUAAUCAAAUCAAGAUUAUACUAAAUUUAAAACAUAAUUGUAAGAAUAAUAAGAUCUAUUGAAUUAAAUGAAAAACGCUAUUUAAGAAAAAGAUCAUAGAUUAGGAUUACUUAAUAAUGAACUCACUAAAUUAUAAGAGACUCUUGCUAAUAAAAAUGAAUAAUUAUCAUCAUUAUAAUAAUAAUUAGAUUAAUCAGAUAAUAAAUUAAAAGAAUUAUAAAGUAAAGUUGAAUAAUAGAAUACUAAACCUACAACAAUUAUUAAAACUGUUGAAAAGUUAAUUAAAAUAACACCUACAGAUCCUGAUUAAGAAAAAGUUAAAUUGGCAAGUGAAUUAGAAAGAGCUAAUUAUGAAAUUGAAAGGUAUAAGUUUGAAUUAAGUUAAUUGUAAUCAAAAUUAGAAACUCAAGAAAAAAUAAUAUCUGAUGUAAAUAUUAUUUAUAAUAUAUAUAUAGUUGUCUAGAGAUGUUCGAUAAAUUAUUUCAUUGAAUGAAGAAAUUGAAUUACUUAAAAUUGAUAAAGCAAAUCUAUUAAAUACUUUAAAUUAAAAAGAAUAAGAUUUAGAUUUUACUUUAAAUCUUCUGAAUUAGAAAACUCUUGAACUUUAAAAUCUAGAUAAACUUAAAUUCAAUUUAGCAUUUGCUGAAGAUUAAAUAUAAACUAAAUAAAGAGAGAUUAUCUCUUUAAAGAGAAGAGUUGGUGAUGUUGAAAAUUCCAAUAAUUAAUUAAAAUAAUUAUAACCAGAAUUAAGAUCAGCUAAAAAAUUAAUUGAAGAAUUAAAAUCUGAAAAUGAAAAUUUAGAUUAAUAAAAUAAAUAACUCAAAGCCAAUUUAAUGGAUGCCGAAGUUGUUAUAAAUUAAUUAAAAAAAUUAGAAUAAAGAAUUAAAGCACUUUAAAAUACUAAUUCUUCAUUAAGAUAAGAAAUGACAUAAACACUUACUGAAUCAGAAUAAUGGAGACAAAAAUAUAAUUAAGGAUGUUCUGAAAUAACAAGAUUAUAAAGAUUAUUAGAAGUUAAUUAAUAAAGAUAAUCAAUUUUAAAUGAAUAAAAUAAAAACUUUAAAAAUGAGUUUGAAAUUCCUCACAUAAAAGUAGAUCCACUUCCUAUUCCUUAAAGAAUAACAAAAUAAAUAAUUCAAGAUGAUUCAUAAAUUGUGAAAUUAAAAAAUAAUUUAGUAGCAGUAGAGUUAUAAUUAGAAUCUGUUUAUAGAAACAAAAUACUUGAAUAAUAAACUUAUUAAAGUUAAAUAGAUGAAAUAAAUUCUAAAUAUUAACUUAAAAAAGGAGAAAGUGAAGCUUGGAAAUAAAAGUAUCUUAAAUCAGAAUAAGAAAAUGUUAAAUUGAUGAAUAUCAAUGAAAAAUAUACUGUAUUGUUGUAAAAAUAUGAUUCUUAAGAUGUUAUUAUACAAAGUUUAAAUGAAAAGUUAAAAUAGUAAAGUUAAGAAUUAGAAAAAUCAAGAAGUGAUGUAUUUUAAUUACAUUUGCAAUUAAGUUAAUUGGAUGUACUUGUUUAAGAAAGAAAUUAAUUUAAAUAAAGAGCAGAUGCUUAUUAUUAAGAGAUUUAAAAUCAAUAUAAAUAGAUUCCUAUUUUAAAAGCUUAAGUAUUAGAUUUAACAAGAUAAUUAAAAUUGGCUGAAAUUCCAAUAAUUCAAGUAGCAUAGAAAACAGAUGCAAUAGAGAAACUUAGAUAAUAGAAUGUAGAAUUAGAAUCAAAAAUAGAUGAUACAUUAGAAGAUUAAAUACAUGAAUUAGAAUAAGGAAAUCAAGUAUUAAGAUAGGAAUUAACAAAAUAGAUUGAAAUAAAUGCUUAAUUGAUUAAAGAUUUAUCUAAUUCAAACAGAAAAAAAUAAGAUUUAUUGAUAGAAUUAUAAUUAUUAUAAGCUUUAGAAAUAGAUUAUCAAUAAUUAAAAAUUGCUUAUUUAAAUAAGUAAAAAGAAAAUGAUAAAAUAAAGAUGCAAAGUGAUUAAAUAGAAUUUAAAUAAAGAGAUCUUGAAAAUGGUCUUCAUUCUUCAACUCAAUUAGGAUUAGAAUAAAAGAAUGAGAUUGAAAAAUUAAGAGAGAGAUCAAAUAAUUAUAAAGAUUAAGUAAAUGGAUUAUUAAUCAAAGUAAAUUCUUUAGAAUAGUUGAAUAAUGAUUAUAAGUUUAAAUUGGAGAUGUUCCCUGAAUUAUAAGAGAAAGUGAAUUAAUAAUCUAAAUAGAUAGAAGAUCUAUAGAAAACAUUAUAGAAAUUAAAUGAAAUAAAAGAUGAAAUGACAGCUAAAUGUACAUUAUAAUAAGUCAAACUUUAAAGUUUAGGUCCAUUAUAAUCAAAGAUUGAAAGUCUUUAAUUGAUUUUAGAAGAAAGAUAAAGAUAAUUGGAUUUAUGGUAAAGAAAAGCUUUGGAAUUAGAAGAUAGUAAAUCAAAACUUAAUUAAGAAUGGAGAAAGAAAUAUGAUGCUGUUGAAGUAUAAUUAAGAAAUUAAAAAGAAUUAGACUAAAUAUUAAAAUAAUAAGAACAUGAUAUUAAUGAUUUGAUUAAUUAGAAUACAUAAUUAAAUGUAUAAAAUAAAGAAUUAUCUGUGUCAAAUUAAUUAUUAAAUAAAGAUCUUGAUUAAAGAGAUAUAGAAAUAAAGAGAUUAUCAGCAAUUGAAACUGAUUUCAGAAAAUUAAAUGAAAAUCUAUUAAUAGAAUUAUAAAGAAUUGCUGAUUUAACAGAUAAAUUAUAAAUUGCAUAAAAUUAAUAUGAUGCUGCAAAAAGAGAUUAAGAAAGAUUAGAAAAUAAAUGUGCAAUGAUGUCAAGUGAAAUUGAAAGAUUAUCUUUGAUGGUUAAAAAUAAAAAUAUUGAAAUAGAAGGAAAUAAAGCUAUUUAACAUUAAAAUUAAUAAUAAAUAGAUUAAGUUUAACCUAUUUUUGUAGAAAAUAAAAGACUAUUUGAUGAAUUGAAUAAUGUAUUAAAAUCUAAUGAAGAAUUAAAAUUAUAAUCGAUAUAAUUAUAGAAAUAAAUAGAUGAAUUGAAAUCAAUAAUUAAUAAUGGAGGUAAUUAUGAAAAUCAAUUGAAGGAUGAUUUAGAUUAAUUAGAAUAAAUAUUAAAAUAAAAAGAUAAUGAAAUUACAGAAAUCAAAUAGUUAUUAAGAUAAAGUGAACAUUAAGUAAAAGAUAUUAAAAGAGAUGAUUAAUAAUGGAUAGAUUAAUAAGCAGAAAAAGAAAAAUUAACAAAUUAAUUAAAUUAUGUAAAUGAAUUAUUAAAUUCUAAAAAUGCUGAAAAUGAAUAAUUAUCAAAAUAAAAUCAUUAAUUAUAAUCUAAAUUAUUGGACAAUUAAAAAUUAGAUUUUGAACAUUUAGAAUUAGCCUUAAAUACAAGAGAUAAAGUAAUAGAAGAAUGGAAAGGAAAAUUCUAGAGAUUAUCUUAAGAUUUAUAAAAAGUAAUAGAAGAUAAAGUAGAACUUGAAAAUAGAUUCAGUACUGUAGAUUUAGAAAUUGAAAGAUGGAAAAGAAAGGCUAAUUCUAAUUAAGCUGAAAUUGAAAUGUUAAGAGUAACAAUUGAUUAAUUGAAUGAUGAAAUUGAGAGAUUGAAUAAAAAUACAUCAGAUUUAUUAAAUGUAAAUAUAAUUGAUUAUUUUUAAGGAAAAUGAUUCAUGGAGACAUAAGUACGGUAAUUUAUAAUAGUUGAUACCUUAAAUGGUACACCAUUAACCAAACCCAGAAACUUAAGCUUAUUAAGUUACACCAGGAAAUAGUUUCAGAAUUCCACCAGGAACUGAAAGAAAUUAGGGUAGCUUUAGAAAUUAACCACCUCCUCUUGAUUCUAGAAGAUCAUUCAGAAGAGCUACAACUAUUGGUCUAACAAAACCAUGA